AUGGCCAGGCGCCUUGCGCCGCCUCGGUCAUUACAAAACCUAAACCGCGCCUUGAGCACGUUCACACCACAAGCGUCGUUAUCCACCAGCAUUUGCCAAAGAACAUUGCGGACAGCGACAUGGACACAGGACCUGAGUAGAUCCAACAGGAUACCAAUGGCACACCCCUCGGCAGGGCAAGCGUCGAGAUUACUACACACCACGGCACCGAGACCCGCGCGCGUGCCGCAGCAGCAACAGCAGCAGGGAGGAGUUCCGGAAGAACGCCAGGGGGGCAGCCACGGCACCGACAUCGGCAGCCUAGACGUGCUGGCCGACGCGCCGGAGCCUGAGUUCUCCGUCUCGGCGUGCCUGGCUGACGGCUUCCGGCUCGCCAACGGCACCACGGUGCGCGACUCGGGCCUGCUGCUGGUCGACGGCGAGGCCUUUUCCUGGCGACCGUGGGGCGACCAAGCGUCGCCGAGCCUGAAGCUUGUCAACGCCAAGGGUCAGUGGGAGCUGCCCAACCCCGAGGAGGCGCUGGCGCUGCUGGGUCUCGUGUGGCCCAGGCCAGACCUGCUGCUGCUGGGGCUGGGCGCCGAGAUGCGGCCGCUCUGCCCCGCGACGAGGAAGUUCAUCACCGGGCUGGGGAUCAGGGUCGAGGUGCUGGACACGAGGAACGCCGCCGCGCAGUUCAACCUGCUGGCUACCGAGAGAGGCACGAGGGAUGUUGCUGCCGCGCUCAUCCCGGCUGGGUUUGGGCGUGGUGUCUGA